AUGACGAGCCGCAACUCGAUGCCGACUCCGCCAACCGGCCGUCCUGCGGCGGAGACGACUCCUUCGCCAGAGCUCGGCGACCAAACUCGCUCUCCGAGCUCACCCUCGUCGCGCGACGCUGCCAACGACAGCAUCCCCACCCUAUCAGACGCGACCUCGCCCAAACGCCCGCGUGCCGAUACGCUCGAGUCGUCGGCGGAUCCAGCCCCGUCGCGGCCUGGUCCCUCCAAAGGAACCAAAGGCAAGGCAAAGUACAUACCGAAUCGUGUCAAACGCUACCACGAGAGGUCCUUGGCCGGUUGCCUCACAUGUCGCAAAAGGCGCGUCAAGUGCGACGAGGCCAAACCAGUCUGCCGCAGAUGUGCUUGCGGUGAUCGCGAUUGCGUCUAUGCGGAGCCUUCCGCUCCUUCCGCAUUGACAGACUACCCAGAGUCAGCACAGUCCGCUCCGACAGCACCCACGCCGAGCACCAGCUCGCAGCCCCUACCGGGAAUCCAUGUCUCCUCGCUCAUUCACCCUGAUCAGCCGGCUCUACUUCCGCCACUUCACUCGACAUUCACCUUCGGGACGCCAGAUGCAUCCCAUUCGUCCCCAUCCGACGGGGCCAGUCGCGUCUUCUGGUCACACCAACCAAAGGCAUCCCCACUGUCUACCUCUCCCCAGUCAGCCCUCGACGAAAGAGACACAAAUGCUCAUCAUCACCAAGCAAACAGCCUGGAUCGCGCAUCUGCCACCGCCCAUCACGACCGAUACCGCACGAAGUGGAACAGUGCGUAUUCUCAGCCGGAGGCUUCCUCGCGGCCAGACACACUACGUCAGCCCAGCGCCGAUUACGAUCAUCAUCGUCCGCUGCCCCACUCGCAUGUCUACUCGACACCCUAUGCCUCCUCGCCCAUCGACAUCGCCAAGGUAAGACUGCCAGAGCUGCCGGCCGGGCUCGGCUUCGACAACCUCGAUGCCUACUUUCCUACUUAUGAGCAGCAGUGCCUCUUCCGCCACUACAUCCUCGAGGUGGCGCCGCAGCUCUGUGUUAUCCGGAUCCCGCUCUCGGACAACCGCUGGAUCCUGUACCAUGCCACAUUUGCAGUCCGACAUCCGGCCGGCGAGAAUGGUUACGAGGAUGCCCUUCGCUCAGCACUCUUGAGCAUGGCAAGUCUCGACAUUGGUCACAAGCUGUCGCAAACGCCCAUACCCGACUCCUUCCCGGCCGAGGCUGCGCGGCCAGACGAUCCGUCGCCCCGCUCGGAUCAUCCUGCCAGCAUCAGCACUCGAAGCAUGUCCGGGUUGUCACCGCAUGGCACCACCCCGCACUUCGGUGCGCCAAACAUGCGUUCCGACCUGACUCCAGGCUUGGGUGGCGUUGUAGACUCGUUUGGAACCGCAAACAUCGUAUCCAACGUCUUGCUGGAGCUCAGCAAUCUGAGGCGAGAGGAAUGUCUUCGUUUGCUGCGAACCACUCUCAAGGAGAGGCGCGCCCCCCUCGACCGCGGCAACGCUGCUAUCAUGCUGGCCACUGUCCUCGGUCUUGCCACACGCGAUCGGCUCGCUGCGCAACAGGACUGGCAGGACGCGCUGCACAUUGCCUCGCGCGCCAUCGCCGAGCUCGGCGGACCCGCCGCCUUCGUGGACCAAUCCGAUCCGUCGAGCCUUUUUCUCAUCGAGCAGAUUGCCUGCUUUGACGCACUCAGCUCGCUCACCUCGGACGACUAUACCCUCUUCCUGCAACCGUGGGAUGACUGGUGGUACGCGCUCAUGGACUCUCCGCGCAGCAUCAAAGAGGACAGCGUGCUCCAAACUUUUGGUCUCCAUCGUGGCAUGAUCGACAUGCUCGCUAGGAUGACGCGCGUCGAGGCCACGCGAAGAGAACUGCAGGAACGCACCAGCGUCACCAUCAUUCUGUCAGAGGCGGUCGGCGCCGGUUCACCUCCCACGCUGCCACCAGAGUACGAGGAGACGCGCCUUUGGCUUGAGUCGACGGCACGCGCCCUGGUGGCGGAGAUCCCCAUCUGGGCAAAGAUGCCCUUCCCAGCGGAAGCGUCACGGACGCUGCAGGCGCUUCUCCCGGUGAUCAUGAACCACCUCUACGUCGCCACAGCCGAGCUCUACAUCCACUCGGUCAUCUUUUCGAAGCCUGCCGACCAUCCAUGCUUUGCCGAGCCUACAGCCGUGGUACUCAACCGCACCGAGGAGGCCAUCCAGGCUGGCAUAACCAAAGGUUUGGUUCUGCCGCUCUCGUUUGCCGCAUUCUCGGCGCGCGGCCACGACCGCGAUCGCAUCCGGGCCAUGCUCAACGAGCUUCGGCCCUACUACAAGUUCGACCUCGAGCGCAUGGAGAAGCUCAACGAGCAUCUUUGGAGUCUGGUUGACAGCGGCCUCACACCCACGGACUGGGGCCUCUUCCUCAAGACGUGCAAUUCCGCCAACCGCAGUCGAUUCGUCCUUGGUCGAUUCGGAGAGGCGCCGCUGAUCAGCCGGCGUCCAACAUCUGCAGGUCUGCGCAUCGGGAGCGCACGUCGGCAAGGCUACAAGUGUACGCACAAGAUGAAGCCCUUGAUAAAGUCAGGUGCCGGCUUGCGGCGCGGGAGCAUGACAUGGGUCUUGCUACUCUCCGUGUUGGUGGCUCUGUGGACGGCAGCGCUGGUAGCCGCGGCGAAGGACUACUACAAGGUGCUCGGUGUGGACAAGACGGCGUCGGACCGGGACAUCAAGCGUGCCUAUCGUAAGCGCGCACAAAAGAUCCACCCAGACAAACAUCCCGACAAGCAUGCCGAGUUUCUCGAGCUGAGCGACGCGUACCAGACGCUCAGCGACGCCGAGAUGCGCAAGAUCUACGACCGAUACGGCGUGGAUGGGGUCAAGAAGCACCAAGCGCGCAAGGACAACCCCCAGGCGCACGCACAGGACCCUUUCGACAUCUUUUCGCGCUUCUUUGGCGGAGGUGGUGGUGGUGGAGGAGUCCGCAAGGGUCCGAACAAGGCAUUCAACGUGGACGUCGACAUCGAAGACUUUUACCGCGGCAAGACGUUUACGCUAGAGUACCAGAGGAAUGUGGUAUGCUCGCACUGCGACGGAAGUGGAGCCGAGUCGCCGGGCGACAUCCACACGUGCGAAGCGUGCGACGGGCGUGGCGUACGCAUCGUUCGGCAGCAGAUCAUGCCCGGAUUUAUUACUAACGCCCAGAUGACGUGCGACCGGUGCGGAGGUGCGGGAUCAGUGAUCGCGCACAAGUGCUCCAAGUGUGAUGGUCAGAAGAUCGUGCAGGAGGCUGCAUCGAUCGAGGUGGAGCUGGAGCGCGGAGCCGAAAACGGCGUGGAAGUGGUGAUCGAGGGAGAGGCAGACGAGGGGCCCGACUACGAAGCCGGCGACGUGAUCGUCAAGAUCAGUUCCAGACGCUCGAAAGGACAGUUCCGACGAGGAGGCACUUCGCUCUACAAGACGCUACCCAUCUCGCUGUCGGAUGCUCUGCUAGGCUUCGAACGCAACCUCACGCACAUGGACGGCCGCACGGUGACGGUGAAGCGAGACGGCGUUACACAAACCGGCUUUGUGUCGGUGGUGGACACCGAGGGCAUGCCUGUGCAAGGCACCUCUCUGUCCGAGGCAUCAGAUGACGAGAUGCGCGCGGGUCGCGACAUGCUGUUUGGCAAGCUCUACAUCGAGUGGCAGCUGGUUCUGCCCGAGACCGUGGACCCGGCUCUUCGAAAGGGUGAGCAUAAUGAUGUUAUUUCGGCGAUGACCAUCUCCCAACUUGCUGACGCUCCUAUCCGAUCCACUUUUUCUUCCCCAGCCCUCGAAGCGGCGUCUGGUCGCACUGGCGCAGCGUCCGGAUCUGCAUCAGACGCUCCUGCGCAUGCGGAGCUCUGA